AUUUUUUUUUUUUUAAGUUUAAUGUUGUUUUAACUGUUUCAGCUGUUAAACAAAUCACUGGCAGAUUUACAAUUGUUGAAAUUGGUCCUGAUAUAGCUACUUUCACAGAGGAUUAUGACGACCCUACAUCAAAUGCAUAUCAGGAGCUAGCUUUGAUGAUACUCCAAGCGCUGACAGCUAUUUUUGGAUCUGCACCUGGAUUUGUUGACAUUCAAAUUCUAAAUUUGGAUCCAGGAAGUAUUAUUGUGGAUUAUUACGUUGAAUUAAAAUCAACUGGUGCUGCAGCAUCAGAUUUGGACUUAUUGUUUGUUCAGAAUGUCAACAGUGAAGGAAAGUUAAAUGGUUCGAUGCUUGAUCUUAAUCCAGAAAGUAUCCAAAAGUUUUAUGAAAUUUGUCCAGAAGAUUACUGUAAUAAUGGAGGAACGUGUUCUAUGGAUAUGAAUAAUUUUAAAAGCUCUUGCACGUGUACUGAAGGUUACAUAGGAGAAACGUGUCAGCUAGUAAUAUGGAGUAUUAUUGUUGGUAGUCUUGGUGUUGUUUUCCUGCUUAUAUCUCUGAUCUGCUGUUGCUACGUAGGGCAUAGUGGAAGACAGCUUAAUUUAAUGUACCAGCAAGGAAUGAUAUCAAAGAGACCCAAGUAUUUAGAGGACAAUGUAUAUGAUAAAAUAAAUCUAUCACCACGUUUCGUCCAUACGUAUAAUGAUAAUAAUGUAACACAGGGAAAAUUUGAUGGCAGUUUGAAAGAAAAUGGUCAUUUUUCAAGGCCAUAUGUUGUGUCAGGAAAUUAACUUGAGGUAAAUAUUUGUUAGUGUUCCCAGGAUUUGUAAGAGAGAGGGCGUAGUGAUGGUGAUAUUUUAUAAUUUCUAUAUCAAAACAUUUCUUAAAAGAGAUAGUAGUCCUGUAAAUAAUGAAUAAAUUUACACGACUACAUUCGUUUAGAGCUAUGCUGCACGAUUUAUUAUUAUGUCCUUUAUUUGAACUCUGUAUUUACUUUUCUUUGAUGAUUUAUAUAUAAUUUAACAGUGUUAACGGCUAUCUUGAUUUAUAUUAUAUGCUACUAUUUGUUUCUAGCUGUCCCUAUUGUUUAAGGGAGUGUAUCUGGUAGUAUUUGAAUCUGUUCAACCAAAAAGCCUCCGUCGUCUAAUGGUUAUGACUCGCCUUGACAGUAAGGGGUCGCAGGUUGGAGUCCCGCCAGAGGCAUUUUAUUCAACAAUUUCUUUAUUCAUUUAUUUACAGGACUACAUUCGUUGAGAGCUAUAUUAUA